UGGUAGAGGAUGUUGCUAGCAGCCAGUGUAGAUGCACAGGCUUUUUCACAACAAUAACAUCAACCAAAUUUGCAUCUCCACUUACCGGAUUUGAGGAUUAUACAUUCCGAACGCCGUCGGAAACCGUGCAUUGGGCCGCGACACACCGAAUUUCCCUGUGUAUUUUUUGGUUACAUCUUCUAUUGACAAUGGGAGCGGAGGGGUUUGCAGAUUUACAGGGCUCCUUUUUGCAGGAGCAGAAACAAGAAUCAUGGCUGGCCAGCUAGGCCGCAGAUGCAUUUUGUAGCUAACAGCAACAGCCUAUUGAUAUUAAAUAUUGUAUAUAGGCUUCGCGCAGCUCAUUAAAAGUGGUGCUUAGAAGCCAGUGUCAUAAUUUUAGGAUUAUCGUUGAUUUUUGUUGUCUUUUGGGUCCACAACACAAGCUAGCGAACCCGCUAGCUUCACAACCUUGACUGGUUACCGUCUUGCUUUCGUAGUUAGCUCUUUUAGCUAGCUAGCGAUUGCUAGAAACGCUUGGCCAGCCAUCCGCUGGUCAAAAACAUUUGGAAAACAUUUUUACUGCGGGAUUUACUCUCAACGUUGUGUGCUCGUGAGGCAUUUUUUAUCGCAAAUUCCUUUUGCAACGUCUGCACCUGGAUGAAUGUGGGACAAAAUGGAGACCCCGACGAUUGUGUACGAUUUGGAUACCUCAGGGGGCUUAAUGGAGCAAAUCCAAACACUGCUGGCGCCCCCGAAGUCUGAGGAGGUAGAGAAGAGGAGUCGGAAGUUGGUGAGAGACGUCCGGAGGAGCGGCAGGGCCACCAACCACGACACCUGCGAUAGUUGCCGGGAGGGGGGAGACCUGCUGUGCUGCGAUCACUGUCCCGCAGCCUUCCACCUCCAGUGCUGCAACCCACCUCUAAGUGAAGAAAUGCUUCCCCCAGGGGAAUGGAUGUGUCACCGCUGUAAUGUUCGAAAAAAGAAGCGAGAGCAGAAGUCAGAGCAGACCAAUGGCCUCCCGGAGAGGUCCUCAUCGAAGCGCUCUGUGUCCCCAGCUGUGGAGCUGGAGCUCAACGCCGGCCCACUGCGACUUGACGGUCUGCCUCCGGGGGCCGGAGCGGCAGGGCCCGGUCUACGAGUGGCCCAGGUACGCCUCUUGGACCGCAGGACCAGCAGCAGGCCAAGCAGCCGGCCCGGGACACCCACCUCUAACACUUCGUCCACCCCGACCCCCUCAGAGGAGCAGAAUGAUGGGGAGGAGGAAGCAGUUGAGCCUGAGGAUGAAGCUCAGGGCUCAGAGCUCGAGGGCGCCACGCUAUCUGCUCCGGCUCCACGUCUUCUAAAGAGGCCCUUUCAGCUGCUGAUAGCAGCUGCCAUGGAGAGAAACCCCACGCAGUUCCAGCUGCCCAGUGAGCUCACAUGCACCACUGCACUACCAGGCAGCAGUAAACGGAGGAGAAAAGAGGAGCUACUGGGGAAGCCGUUCAGAAGGCCGCAGCAUGAGCUGGAUCCUAAUGGUCUGGUCCCUCUACCGGUCAAAGUCUGCUUCUCAUGCAACAGGAGUUGCAGGUUGGCUCCGCUGAUCCAGUGUGACUAUUGUCCCCUUCUGUUCCACAUGGACUGCCUGGACCCUCCACUCACAGCUUUACCUGCUGGCAAAUGGAUGUGUCCAAACCAUGUCGAGCACUUACUGCUGAAUCAGAGGAGCCUCAGCCUGUCCAGCCGCUGCCAGCUCUUUGACCAUUUCCAGGACAGGAUGUCCCAGCACGCCGUCAAGUUGGAUUUCUUACGAAGAGUCCAUCGACAGAACGCACCAAACCGGCGCACAACCCACCAGCACAACAAGAAGACCAUUAAGGUGCCAGAUGCCAUCAAGUCGCAGUACCAGAAUCCUCCCCCCAUGCUGCUUCCUACAGGGGUGCGCCAGCUGGAGCUGGUUUGUAGCGGCGUUCCCGGCCAUCCGCCCUCAAAGCACCUCACCACCGAGGCUGAGCAGCAGGAGUGGCUUCAGGAUGUCAUCGCCCUCCAGUGCAGCAUCGUGCGACACCUUUCCAUCAAGCAGAAGGCUUCAUCCACCCUGUCAUCACUUACGCCGUCAGCAGAGUGGGUCUCUGAGCAGAAAGCCAGCACCAAAUCAUGUGAGGACAUGAAAACUCAGGCCUCUUUAGAAAGGACUUGUUCCCCCGACCCCUUCUCUAAACCCUGCAGUACUCCUGGUGACCCCCAGGGGGCCUCUCUUUCAAGGGACACACUUGCAGAACUGGGAGUUUGUAAAUGCAGCACGACUGCUUGUCAGAACUGUAGGAAACCCAACGGACCUCUAGCAGAGGAGUGCCAGCCUCCCAAAGCCAAUGGCCCCGUAGACUGUCACAGUGCCUCAGACUCCUGCAGGCAGGCUGAACUGCAGCACAGACUGAAGCCCAGUGCAGUGGCCCCAGACUCCACUCCUGCCUCUGGGCUGCUCAACCACAUAGGAGCUGAAACGGUUAAAAAGGAGCCUGAGAACACUACAGAGAACUGUGCUCAGAAAAACUGCCCGACUGCCCUGACGAUAUGGCCCCACGGUGGCCAGCAGAACCACAGGAGCCAGGCAGAGCUCCAGGAGGAGUGUUUGAGCAGUGACGAGAAACCCACAUACUCCAUCACCAGCAGCGGCCGCUCAGAUGCACCGCCUAAAGGCAACCAGGAGCACGAGCCAACCAAGCUGGGGUCCUCAUCACCUACUCCAGACGUGAAGUCUGGUCCUGGACUGAUGGGCUCCUUGCUGCCCAGCACUCUCUCCUCCAUCGCCAACCUGUCCAGCUGCAUGAAAGAUGGGAAGGAUGAGGAAAGAGGCAUUGAGCUGGACAAACUGGAUGCAGAGAUGAUCAAGCUGCUGGCCUGGCAGAGGAUCCAGCAGCUCUUCCCUCCCAAAAUGCCCAGCACUCCACCUCCUUCAGCCCCCAGCGCUGCCCCGAAAACCCCAUCACCCUGCCCUGAUGGUCAGAAGAAGGUGCAGGCUCGAGCAGUUUUUUACCCACUGACAGGGAAAGGAGGAGCUGUCAGCAUGUGCUACAGGACGUUAUACAUAGGAUCAGGUAAGACAUGCUGACUGUGUCACGGCGACUUCAGAAACAAUCAUCCAGCCAGACCUGUCACCAGAAUUAGGUUAUCGACAUUCUCUGAAUCAUAACUUUGCCAAUUUAAAAUCAUUUCAUAUAGAAAAAGUUCUUUUAGAGCAGCUUGUAUUUAGAACACAGAAACUCUACUUUUUUGGCUUAUGACCCCUUUCUUUAAGGAAAGCAAUGAGAUCAUUUUAUAUGCAUGUGAAAUGUGCUUGUGGUCACAUGUAGUACACAGACAAUUCAAAUAAAAUACAA